UACAUUAUUUUAAAAAGAUAAACGACGCCGUCAAAUUACAGCGAAAUAACGUGAACAAUUAAAAUAAAAUGUAUAAAUAUUUGCCUUAUAAUUAACCAAAAAAGUUAAUCAUAUAAAUAAACAUCUAAAGCGAAUGUUCGCAACCAAAAAUAGUCUCUUUUAAGCAAAGCAGAUGGUUGGAUAGCCUGCAACAAAUUAACAUUGACAAAAUGUUUGGCGUGUGGGAUACAACAAUUGGAUGUAUGGUUUUAUCUGCUUCAUGCACGUUACGAAUUUGAAUGAAUGAGCAUGUCUAUGAACAGACAGCCGCAGACGCAGCAGACCCUAAACAACGUGAACGCCAGCAAUAGCAUACCUGACCUAUUGGAUCGUACGGAAAAUGAUGCGACGCACCCAAUAUUGCGCAGCGAUCAUCGUCAUCAGGGUGAACUGGUCCAAUGCCUGACGUGUCAUAUGCAAUUUGAAAGCUGCUCCUUUAGUGACAUUUGUGCUCAUUAUACAUUUUACCAUAGUAAUAAUUGUAAUCAGAGCAAUACCAACAAGUGCUUGUACUGCGGUCGUGACGUCCAUUAUUAUCAACGAGCAGAGAAGACAAGUCCGGCAAUUUAUCACUUUUGUUCGCCGCGCAAACAAAACUAAAGGACAAGAUGGCGAGUGCGAGUGUUGUGAGUGCUAGUGUUAGUGCUGCCAGUGAAUAUGGGGAUGAACAAGUUCUCUAUGAUCAUCAUUCCGAUUCCGAGGAGUCGGAGUACUCGGAUCACGAUGAUGAUAAAGAAGAAUCGGAUGUUAUAACAGGAGAAGGAGCAGUCACUUUAAAUUUCAAUAUCGAUUCGCAAUUUCGUGUAACCCCCUCGUCGAGUGGAUUAACAAGUCCCAAAAAGGGUGCCAAUGGAACAGCGACGACGUGUCAUCCGAAUUAUGGAUUUGGUAAGCGGUGGUCCAAAUCGGAGGAUUUACUGCUGAAGUCUUUGGUGGAAAAGCAUGGUGAGAGCUGGGAGAUUAUCGGGCCCCAUUUUAAAGAUCGAUUGGAGCAGCAGGUGCAGCAGCGUUGGGCCAAGGUGCUUAAUCCGGAACUCAUCAAGGGUCCAUGGACGCGGGACGAGGACGAAAAGGUUAUUGAGUUAGUGCGCAGCUUUGGCCCAAAAAAAUGGACUCUAAUAGCUCGGUACCUCAACGGACGGAUUGGAAAGCAAUGCCGCGAACGGUGGCAUAAUCACCUCAAUCCCAAUAUAAAGAAAACCGCUUGGACCGAGGAGGAGGACAGGAUCAUAUACCACGCCCACAUUAAGCUUGGCAAUCAAUGGGCGAAAAUAGCAAAGCUUUUGCCUGGUCGCACCGAUAACGCAAUUAAGAAUCACUGGAACUCGACCAUGCGCCGUAAAUAUGAUGCCGAGCGCAGGUCGGCGAACGCAUCUGGAAGUGAUCUGAAGACUUCUCGAACUCAUCUUAUCACCUUAAUUAAGUCCGGGGGCAUUAGCAAGAGUUUUAAUAAUUCGCAAGAGAAAAUGUUUCUGGAAAAAACGGAAAGUAAGGAAAUUGUCAAAGCAGAACGAAGUGAUGACAGCCCCAAGGAUACGGAUGCUACUGGAACUGAACCUCAAACAGAGUCUGCCGUGCAUCACCAUUCACUUACAAAGAUGACAGGACUUCCCCGAAAAACGCCCAACAUACUGAAGCGGUCUCAGAAACGUACACCCGAACCUUCUCAGCAUCAGCCUCACCUGAGUGGAGAAGUAAAGCCAAACAGGCUCCCGGAGUCACCAGUCAUUACGCCGAUCAAAGCAUUACCAUUCUCGCCGAGUCAAUUCCUUAAGUCUCCUUGUCUGACAACAUUUGAGGAUAUGAACUUGAGAGCCAGUACUCCUGUUACGAAGAUCUACAAUCGUGUCGGAAUGGAAAUCAAAAAGGAAUUGGAAUCGUCGUCUAUCGAAACGCCCCACAAGAGUCAGCUUGGGCCGCGAACGCCAACACCCUUUAAAAAUGCGCUUGCUGCUAUUGGGAAGAAGCGAGACGGCCGACAAUAUGAACCUUCUAGCCCGUCCAGCCUUGUGGAGGAUCUAGCUGAAAUUAUUCAAGACGAACAGCUGAACGAUUCGCAAUCUACACAACACUCGAGAAACUGUUCCGACGUGGAUAUUCGAAAGAGUCGGCGCGACUUUAGGGCUUCGAUGAGCGUGGAUAACAACAAUAGUGCGACCAAGUCGGUGUCCCCACACCAGAAACGUGCCAGGAAGUCAUUACUAUCAACUUGGAGCACCAACCACCUGCCCAGUGGUGGGGACAGCACCACCAAGAGAAUUCAGCCUUUUGAGACGGAGACGCCCAGUAAAUUUCUAUCAUCGCCAUGCAGCAUAAUGAAGGACACUUUGUGUAGCGAACAAGACCUGCCGUUUGACGAGGGCAGAAAGGAAAAUAGCAGGCCAUUCCAUUCCAGUCGUAGUCGCUAUAUGUAUCGAGGCCUAUCGUCGUCAUCCUUUGACCAUGUCAUUGAUCCCAAAUGGGCACGGGUUGCUUGUGGCAAAACCAAAGAUCAGCAGUUUAUGGAGGAGCAGGCGCACGCAUGUCUUAAAAACCUUUCCUGUCUGCCACGUUCCCUCAACUUUGAGAAGCAAAAAAUUAUUGGGAAAUACGAUCGCUUCGGUUCGAUUUAAAAAAAUCUCUUGCUACAUUUAUGAUCCAGUAUCAAUUUUACGAUUAUAUAUUAUUUACAUAAUUUGUAUAUACUGUAGUAUAUGCUUGCUUGCUAGCAUAUAUUCUUAAUAUUGAAUGGUGGCAACCAUUUUAUUUCUACGCAUAUAAAUUGCAUUUUUGUAUUUUUGCAAUAAAACUAUUAGGCAUUGUUACACAAAAAUAUAUAUUUU